AUGGCUUCUGCAAAUUAUGGUCCAUCUGAAGAUCAGUUCCUGUGCUCCAUCUGUCUGGAUGUGUUCACUGAUCCAGUCACCACACCCUGUGGACACAACUUCUGCAUAAACUGCAUCAAUGAACACUGGAACACCAGCAACCAGAACCGGUGUCCAAUGUGUAACAAGGACUUCAUCACCAAACCUGAUUUGAGGGUCAACACCAUGUUCUCUGAGAUGGUUGUUCAGUUCAGACAGUCUGCUCAGCAGAAAGCCAGCAGCAGCAGCUCAGAGCAACAAGAGUCCAAACCAGGAGAAGUUCCCUGUGACGUCUGCACUGGAACCAAAGUGAAGGCCCUCAAGUCCUGCCUGGUGUGUCUGGCCUCCUACUGUGAGACUCACCUGGAGCCUCAUCUGACAGCUUCACGCCUGAAGAGACAUCAGCUGAUGGACCCUGUGGAGAACCUGGAAGGCAGGAUGUGUACGAAGCACGAUAAACCUCUGGAGCUGUUCUGUAAGAGCGACCAGACGUGUGUCUGCAUGCUCUGCACUGUUUUAGACCACAAGAACCAUGAUGUUGUUCCUCUGGAAGAAGAAUAUGAAGAAAAGAAGGUUGAGCUGAAGAAGACAGAGGCUGAAAUGCAGCAGAUGAUCCAGAAAAGAAGAGUGAAGAUUCAGGAGAUCAAACACUCGGUCGACCUCAGAAGCCACAAAAGAAACCGGGCUGAAGCUUUCAUCAGAGAGCUGGAAGAGGAAAUCUCUGAGCUGAUGAAGAGGAGCGCUGAGGUGGAGCAGCUGUCUCUCUCUGAAGGACCACCUCCAUUUUUCUCCCAGUCCUCAAACAUCCAUCAGCCACCACCCACCAAGGACUGGACACAGGUCAGUGUUUGUCCUUCAUAUGAGGGGACUGUGGUGAGAGCUGUGUCUCAGCUGGAGGAGACACUCAGUAAGAAGAUGAAGUGGUUUGCUGAGCUGAAGAGGGUCCAGAUGUUUGCAGUCGAUCUGACUCUUGAUCCUCAAACAGCUCAUCCUCUACUCAUCCUGUCUGACGAUGGGAAACAAGUGAAACGUGGUGAUGUGAACAAGAAUCUCCCAAACAACCCAGAGAGAUUUUCUAGCUGGUUCUGUGUUUUAACAAAGCAGAGUUUCUCUUCAGGCAGAUUCUACUUUGAGGUUCAGGUUGAAGGAAAGACUCGGUGGUAUUUAGGAGUGAUCAGAGAGUCAGUCAACAGGAAGGGAAUCAUCUCACGGAGUCCUCAGGAUGGUUACUGGAUCAUAUGUUUGAUAAAUGGAAAUAUAUACUAUGCACCUGAUGAUCCUUCAGUUGUUCUCUCUGUGAAGUCUGGUCCUCAGAAGGUGGGGGUGUUUGUGGACUAUGAGGAGGGUGUGGUCUCCUUUUAUGACGUAGAAGCUGCAGCUCUCGUCUACUCCUUCACUGGCUGCUCCUUCACCGAGAAGCUCUUCCCGUUCUUCAGUCCUGGUUAUUAUUACGAUGGUAGAAACUCUGCUCCUCUGAUCAUCUCUCCUGUCGGAGUAAAUUAAUCAUUCUCUGAUUUCAUGUGAUGAUUUUAUUCAUUAAAGGGAAUAAAUGUACAUAUUUUAUAUAAAUACUGUAUGUUUUUUUCUUUAUUUCUGUAUCAUGACCCUUAUGGAGAAUAUCUAUUUCAACCUUUUGAAUCCAGACUGUUUUAUUUUCACUAAAUAUCCAAAGCUGAAGUUUGACUUUGAGUAAAUCAGCAAAUUAAAUUAUUUCUGAUGU